GAGUUGGACAUGAAUUUCAGAAGGUUUCAGUUGAUAAGUCAUUUUCUAGAGGAUGGAGUCGUGAUCAGCCUGGCCAAGCACCAAUGAGACAGAGAAGUGCAACAACCACUGGUUCCCCAGGAACCGAAAAGGCGAGGAGUAUCGUACGGCAAAAAACUGUUGCCAUGAGAAGCCGAUCCAUUGGUGAAUGUGCUCUGCCAUCGGCCUAUAUACGCAGUGCUAAAAGUGCUCCUGUUCUGAUCCAUACUUCCAAACCCUUCUUGCCUGAUAUUGUUCUCACUCCCCUUUCUGAUGAGCUUUCAGAUAUUGAUGAUGCUCAAAUACUUCCCCGCUCAACUAGAGUCAGACAUUUUUCACAAAGUGAAGACACUGGAAAUGAAGUUUUUGGUGCUUUGAGUGAGGAGCAGCCAUUGCCUCGAAGUAGCAGCACUUCUGACAUCUUGGAACCAUUCUCUGUUGAACGAGCCAAAGGUGCAGUUCCUGUCAUUGACAGUUCAUCCCGUCAUGCACCAAGCUUGCAGAGUUCCACAGAGGCUUCUUCAAUAACUAGAUCCACUGAAAGCCACAUCACUGAUACUCAUAGUAGAGAGUCUUCUCUGGAAGUUGGUGAUAGCAUAUAUGACCAUCUUUGUCAUUUAAUAGGUCCAGUAGAACUUGCAGAUUCAGCUUUUGAACAAAUCCAGUACAUUGACCUUGAAGGAGAUGACGAUCUUCUUUCCUCCCUGAAAGAAUAUUUUAAGGAAAACCAGGAAAAUCAUAGUAAAAAUGAGAUAGGUAAAGAUGCAACUUCUCAGGAAGUGACUGUUGCCGUAAAUAAGGGUGAAAGGUUAUCCUUAGACAAAUUAGAAUACAUAGAUCAGGAAAUUAAAACAGAAAAUAUCACUUCUUUUGUUGGGACUCCUGAAAACAUACAGUUUCAAAAAGAACAAAACUCAGCUGUUUUCAUGAGUAAUAUUGCACCUAAUCAGUUAGACAGUUUUAUUAGAACACAAACUUCUGAAAAAUCUAAGCAAGUAAACAGUGAUAAACAGUCAUCAUCAGAACCUAGUUCAGAAAGCCCUUGCGAUAAAGAGAAAAGGAGAUAUCUACAUAGACAGGCGGCCACAGAAUUAGAUGCUUGCAUAGAUGUAACACUAGUUGAAAAGCUUAAGGGUGUGCAAAUUAAUGAAAAAAUCAGUGUUCCACAUGUUAUGCGUGCCAAGAAAAUGACACUAAAAGCACCUGUUAACCGCAGAAUGCCUCAUGUUACAAAUACUAGCAAACUUUCUCCAACUAAAAGGAGCUUGUCUGAAACAGUAACUCAUAGAGCCAAAAUCAUGAAAAUUGCUACUAAAAAGCGAAACAGUGUUCAUGUUACUUUUAGACCAUCCACUGAGUCAGUUCAGUUUUAUAAUCCUCUGGAAAACAAAGAGGCUCCAUGGAAGAUGAGACUUCGGAAACUCAGUGGCUUUAGUAGUAAUAGUAGUAGUAGCAGCAGCAAUAGCUGCACCAGCAACAUGCAUACCAGCUCAAAUAGUGGCCCAGAGCUAGUAAAACCUGGUGUGUACAGGCCUCUAGAUAUGAUCAGUACAGUAUCAGUAAGUAGUAAAACAAUGAAGGAAUCCACAGAGAUUCCCACCACUGUGUUACAAAAAGAAGGAAUUUCUAGUAAUCAGUUAGGUAGUCGUAGUACUCUUAGGUCAUCAACUCAUGAGCCAGGACUACAGCAGGGCUCCCUGGGUGGCGUUUAUAAAACUGUUGUACAUGCUCUUUCGAAGCCGAAGGCAAAUGUUUCCCCACAGAGGCAGAACAGAAUGCCACCAGAGGCUCCACUGAGGGAUCUGUACAGUCAUGUAAUGGGCUAUUUUGGAAGGAAAGCUGCAGUCAAUAAAGAGGACAUGAGCCCAAAACUGCCUCCUCUUAAUAGUGAUAUUGGCAGCAGCAGUGCUAAUGUUCCUGAUCUGAUGGAUGAGUUUAUAGCAGAACGACUUCGCAGUGGCAAUGCCUCAACUAUGACAAGAAGAGGAAGUAGUCCAGGCAGCCUCGAAAUUCCCAAAGAUCUCCCUGAUAUUCUAAAUAAGCAGAACCAGAUGCGCCCUAUUGAUGAUCCUGGUGUGCCCUCAGAAUGGACUUCUCCUGCCAGUGCAGGGAGCAGUGAUCUUAUCAGCUCAGAUAGUCAUUCGGAUUCUUUCAGCGCUUUCCAAUAUGAUGGCCGAAAGUUUGACAAUUUUGGCUUUGGAGCUGAUACUGGGGUUGUAUCCUCUGCUGAUAUGGAUUCAAGUUCUGGCCAUCAUCAGAAUGCUGAAGAGCAGGAAGUGGCUAGUCUAACUACUCUUCAUAUAGAUUCUGAAACAAGCAGUCUUAAUCAACAAGCCUUCUCUGCUGAAGUUGCAACAAUUACUGGUUCAGAAAGUGCCUCCCCAGUCCAUUCACCUCUGGGAUCCAGGUCACAGACACCUUCCCCUUCCACACUGAAUAUAGAUCACAUGGAACAAAAGGAUCUGCAGCUUGAUGAGAAGCUCCACCACUCUGUUCUUCAGACGCCAGAUGAUCUAGAAAUCAGUGAAUUUCCAUCUGAAUGUUGUAGUGUGAUGGCAGGGGGUACUCUUACUGGAUGGCAUGCUGAUGUUGCUACUGUAAUGUGGCGAAGAAUGCUAGGCAUUUUGGGUGAUGUCAAUGCAAUUAUGGAUCCUGAAAUACAUGCUCAAGUCUUUGAUUACCUCUGUGAACUGUGGCAGAAUCUAGCUAAGAUUAGAGAUAACCUUGGCAUUUCAACUGAUAAUCUGACUUCCCCUUCUCCACCUGUUUUAAUUCCUCCACUGAGAAUUCUUACACCAUGGCUUUUUAAGGCAACCAUGUUGACUGAUAAGUAUAAACAAGGUAAAUUACAUGCUUAUAAACUUAUUUGUAAUACAAUGAAAAGAAGACAAGAUGUGUCUCCAAAUAGAGAUUUUCUAACACAUUUCUACAAUAUAAUGCAUUGUGGAUUACUUCACAUUGACCAGGAUAUUGUCAAUACAAUCAUCAAACACUGCUCACCUCAGUUUUUUUCACUUGGUUUGCCUGGUGCCACAAUGCUUAUUAUGGAUUUUAUUGUAGCAGCUGGUAGAGUUGCUUCGUCAGCUUUUCUUAACGCACCAAGAGUAGAAGCACAAGUUCUUCUGGGAUCUUUGGUUUGCUUUCCCAACUUAUAUUGUGAACUGCCUGCUCUCCAUCCGAACAUUCCUGAUAUUGCUGUGUCUCAGUUUACAGAUGUUAAGGAACUUAUUAUCAAAACCGUAUUAAGCUCAGCAAGAGAUGAGCCAUCUGGUCCUGCACGCUGUGUAGCACUCUGCAGUUUAGGUAUUUGGAUUUGUGAAGAACUAGUCCAUGAGUCUCAUCAUCCUCAAAUUAAGGAAGCUCUGAAUGUAAUUUGUGUUUCCUUAAAGUUUACUAAUAAAACAGUAGCCCAUGUAGCUUGUAAUAUGCUUCACAUGCUGGUUCAUUAUGUACCUAGACUUCAGAUUUACCAGUCUGAUUCUCCCUUGAAAAUUAUUCAAAUUCUAAUAGCCACUAUCACUCAUCUUUUGCCAAGUACAGAAGCUUCAUCUUAUGAAAUGGACAAGAGGUUGGUGGUGUCUUUACUUCUCUGCCUUCUGGACUGGAUCAUGGCCUUACCUCUAAAGACACUGCUCCAACCAGUUCAUGCAACAGGAGCAGAAAAUGAUAAAACUGAAAAAUCUGUCCUCAAUUGCAUUUAUAAGGUUUUACAUGGGUGUGUUUAUGGAGCUCAGUAUUUUAGCAAUCCAAAGUAUUUUCCCAUGAGUCUCUCUGAUUUGGCAUCUGUAGAUUAUGAUCCUUUUAUGCAUUUGGAAAGUCUGAAAGAGCCUGAACCUCUACACUCUCCUGAUUCAGAACGAUCCUCUAAACUCCAGCCAGUAACAGAAGUGAGAACUCAGAUGCAACAAGGAUUAAUCUCUAUAGCAGCUCGCACUGUUAUUACACAUCUGGUAAAUCACUUGGGCCAUUAUCCAAUGAGUGGUGGUCCUGCUAUGUUAACAAGUCAGGUGUGUGAAAAUCAUGACAAUCAUUACAGUGAAAGUACUGAACUUUCUCCUGAACUCUUUGAGAGUCCAAAUAUCCAGUUCUUUGUGUUGAACAAUACAACCUUAGUGUCCUGUAUCCAGAUCAGAUCAGAAGAGAAUAUGCCUGGAGGAGGUUUAUCUGCUGGCCUUGCAUCAGCCAAUUCUAAUGUCAGAAUCAUAGUACGUGAUCUCUCUGGAAAAUAUUCUUGGGAUUCUGCCAUACUGUAUGGCCCACCUCCUGUAAGUGGAUUGUCAGAACCUACAUCUUUCAUACUUUCAUUGUCUCACCAAGAGAAGCCAGAAGAGCCUCCUACAACUAAUGAAUGCUUAGAAGAUAUAGCAGUAAAAGAUGGACUUUCCCUCCAGUUUAAAAGAUUUAGAGAAACUGUACCAACUUGGGACACGAUAAGAGAUGAAGAAGAUGUUCUUGAUGAGCUCUUGCAGUAUUUGGGUGUCACUAGUCCUGAAUGCUUACAGAGAACUGGAAUCUCACUUAAUAUUCCUGCUCCACAACCUGUGUGCAUUUCUGAAAAACAGGAAAAUGAUGUUAUUAAUGCUAUCCUUAAGCAACAUACAGAGGAAAAAGAAUUUGUUGAGAAACACUUUAAUGACUUAAAUAUGAAAGCUGUGGAACAAGAUGAACUAACACCUCAGAAACCUCAGUCAGCAUUUUACUAUUGCAGAUUGCUUCUUAGUAUAUUGGGAAUGAAUUCCUGGGACAAACGGAGGAGCUUUCAUCUCCUGAAGAAAAAUGAAAAGCUUCUUAGAGAACUAAGGAACUUGGAUUCAAGACAGUGCCGAGAAACACACAAGAUUGCAGUAUUUUAUGUUGCUGAAGGACAAGAAGACAAGCACUCCAUUCUCACCAAUACAGGAGGAAGUCAAGCAUAUGAGGAUUUUGUUGCUGGUCUUGGUUGGGAGGUAAAUCUUACAAACCAUUGUGGUUUUAUGGGAGGACUACAAAAAAACAAAAGCACUGGAUUGACUACUCCCUAUUUUGCUACCUCUACAGUAGAAGUAAUAUUUCAUGUAUCAACAAGAAUGCCUUCUGAUUCUGAUGAUUCUUUGACCAAAAAAUUGAGACAUUUAGGAAAUGAUGAAGUGCACAUUGUUUGGUCAGAGCAUACUAGAGACUACAGGAGAGGAAUUAUUCCUACAGAAUUUGGUGAUGUCCUUAUUGUAAUAUAUCCAAUGAAAAAUCACAUGUUCAGUAUCCAGAUAAUGAAAAAACCAGAGGUUCCCUUCUUUGGUCCACUUUUUGAUGGUGCUAUUGUGAAUGGAAAGGUUCUACCCAUUAUGGUGAGAGCAACAGCUAUAAAUGCAAGCCGUGCUCUGAAGUCGCUGAUUCCAUUGUAUCAAAACUUCUAUGAGGAGAGAGCGCGAUACCUGCAAACAAUUGUCCAGCACCAUUUAGAGCCAACAACAUUUGAAGAUUUUGCAGCACAGGUUUUUUCUCCAGCUCCCUACCAUCAUUUACCAUCCGAUGCCGUUGGCUCCUACCCAGAGAUUCUACCCAGUGAAACUCCCACAGCAACGCAGGUAGAUGGGGCUGACCUGGCCUCUCCAAUGUCUCCUCGGACUAGCAAAAGCCGCAUGUCCAUGAAGCUGCGUCGUUCCUCUGGCUCAGCCAAUAAAUCCUAAGGAGACAAGCAGCCCAUCAGUGAUCCGCAAUAGCCACUUUAGCACGAGCAUAGGGUUAACCCUUUCAAGGCCUUCAUGUCUGCCAUAAUAUGCAUGUUUCUUCCUGUACAUUUAUUUGAGAGGACACUGGAUUUAAAUAAUUUGUAGCUUAAUAUUUUAGAUUUGGGUUAUUUAUUCAAUUUGGUUUUAUUCCCUCACUCUAAGCUGCCAUAUUGGGGGGGGGAGUUUUAUUCUACAUCCUUUACCUUCCUAGCUAAUUAUGUCUAAAUAGUUUUACUUUUAACUUCAUGAUUAACUUUGAGCCAAAAUAUAAUUGAACAAAUAGUCUCAUUAUUUAUUGUGCCCCAUUGCAGCUUUAUGGUUCAAUAAAUAUAUGAUUUUUUACAAAUGUAAAAUUUUCAAUUUAAGCAUUUGUAAAGUUACAGGAAAAUAUCUGUUAAUACACAAAAUUUGUACAGAUUAUUUGUUGUGAAAAUAAAACACUCAAAAUAAAUGGCCUUCUAGUAUCUCAAAUUCCAACUGAAAUAAGUUUAGUAUUAACUUUUCCUUCCCAAAGCAAGGUCUCAUUUCUUGGCUGUGCAAGUGAUGCCAUGGCAUAUCCAAUAACUAGAAAAAUCACUGUGCUGAACUCUGAUUUAUGUUUAGCUUCCAAAUAUUUUUCUAAUGUUUUACUUUUUAAGUGGUAUCACUGUUAAAUGCCAUUUCUGUUUUCAGAUUAUGGCCCUUUAUUAUCGGUUGUUAGAUCCUGGUGCAUCUAUGUUCUUUUUUAAGUACCAAAAAGGAGAAAAGAAGAAAAAAACUUUUCUGAUAUAAAUAUUUUGCUCAAAUUAUGUAUAUUAUUAAAAAAGAAAAGGGAACAUAACCCAGGAGUCUAAGUUAAAUCUAAUAUUGCUAAUACUGAACUUGCAGGCGCAGGUUGAUAUACAUUCCACCCUCCAGAAGUAUUUUCCUACAGUAGAUAAGCUGCUCACAUUUUGUUCUGAAUGGGCAUCUCCUAAGGAAAUGUAGCAUGAUGUUGGUACUAACUGCAUGUGUAAAUACAUCAUACUGGCAAACCAUAAAAUAUAAAUUAUGUAUCAUCAUUCAUGUUAUAUCUAUAAUUUGUAACAGCUGGGGAAAAGAUGACAUGGUAUUUAAUAAUACAAUAAAAAUAUUCUUACCACUUCCU